AUGGUGAUGUCAGUGUCUUUCAGUUUCUCUAAAGCCAUAGAUUGUAAACUGAAUCAAAAUGAUGCAGCAAAAGUAGCAAAUACUAUCACUGUGGAUAAGUCUGGCCACGGAAAUUUCAUGACGAUUCAAGAGGCUGUUGAUCACAUUCCUUUGAACAACGAUCAAUGGAUUCGAAUCCAUGCUAAUCCUGGCAUAUACACGGAGAAAGUAACAAUUCCUGAGGACAAACCGUGCAUUCUUCUAGAAGGAAGUGGAUAUAGCCAAACAACAAUUACUUGGAAUGACCAUAGUAGAACAGACACUAGUGCAACAUUCACUGUCUCUCCAGACAAUUUUGUGGCCAAGGGCAUCGCCUUCAAGAACUCGUACAAUCGUCCUGUCCAGCAAACUGCUGAGGCUGAAAACGCUUGGACUCAAGCACUUGCAGUGAGAAUUUAUGGUGAUAAAUCGGCCUUCCACCAAUGCGCUUUCAUGGGAUUUCAAGACACAAUAUGGGAUGUAAAAGGUCGCCACUACUUCAAUUCUUGCUAUAUUGAAGGAGCAGUAGAUUUCAUCUGGGGCAGUGGCCAAUCUUUAUACGAGGACUGUUCUAUAAAUUCUACUGCAGGACGGCUAGCUCCACUAAGUUCUGAAGGAUUUAUAACUGCACAGGGACGACAAUCCCCGGAUGAUCCUAGUGGUUUUGUGUUCUCGGGGGGUAGUAUUUCCGGUACCGGAAAAACCUACCUAGGAAGAGCCUAUGGUCCUUAUUCCAGAGUAAUAUUUCAUGGUACAACGUUAGGUGCAGUGGUGGUUCCUCAAGGAUGGAAUGCUUGGAAAUUCCAAGGCCAGGAGUAA